AUGGCACCCUCAAGAGCUGUCUUCCGCAGCGCAUCCACCGCUUUCGCCGCCCUCCGAACCUCCUCCUCCCGCACAUUGGCCUCGACAGCACCAUCAAGAGCCAGACAAUUGCACUACCUCAGUCUAUCUGCUCGCCCUCUCCUCACAUCCAACGCCCUACCUAUCUCACCGUUCCGUAGACACAACUCCACAGAUGCCGCAACGGCAGAGACCCCCUCAGCAGUCGAAGCACCAGACUACCUCGACGAAAAAGAACUCCACAUUUUCCAAAAACUCGCUCAAGAGCUCCAACCCACGAAACUAGAGGUUCAAGAUGUCAGUGGAGGUUGCGGAAGCAUGUACGCACUAGACAUUGUGUCUGCAAAGUUCAAGGGCUUGUCGGUCAUCAAGCAACACCGCUUGGUCAAUGCCGUGCUCAAGGAUGAGAUCAAGGGUUGGCAUGGUGUGCAGCUGAAGACAAAGGCUCCUUGA